AUGUCGGAUAAAACGACGAGUCGGACCAUUCACCGGCGUGACGCUGGUCGGACCAACUCCGGGCGCACAUCACAUGGAAGUGGAGAGUAUAAAGGAGGGGUCUGCCAGGCACUCCCCAUCUGCCAUCCAUCCUCAAUUGACCACCUCUCCUCCUUUCUUUCCUUUAUCCUCCUUUCCUCAAUUCAUCGAACGAAGCCCAAAAAGAGCGAAAAAAAAAGAAGACAAACAGUGAAAAUGCCCCUCCAAGACCCCAACCACCGCGCCCUGCGCAUAACCAACCACGCCUUCGAAAACAACUACGCCAUCCCCGCAAUGUGCGUCUACAACCUCGAAGGCAUCCUCGCGACCGUGCGCGCCGCCGAAGCAAAGCGCUCGCCCGCAAUGAUCCAGCUCUUCCCCUGGGCCGUCCACUACGCCGACGGGAUCCUCGUGCACGCCGCCGCCGAAGCAGCGCGCAACGCCUCCGUGCCCGUCACCGUCCACAUGGACCACGCGCAGACCCCCGAGAUGAUUCGGCGGGCGGCGGACCUCGGCGGGUUCGAUAGUAUCAUGGUCGAUAUGAGCCACUAUGAGAAGGAGGAGAAUCUGCGGUUGACGAGGGAGCUUGUGGAGUAUUGUCACGCACGGGGGAUCGCGACGGAGGCGGAGCCGGGACGGAUUGAGGGUGGGGAGGAUGGGGUUGCGGAUACGGUUGAUCUGGAGGGUGUGCUUACGACGCCCGAGGAGAGCGAGGAGUUUGUGGAUACGGGGAUUGACUGGCUGGCCCCGGCGUUUGGGAACGUGCAUGGCGAGUAUGGACCCCGGGGUAUCCAGUUGGAGUACGAGCGGUUGAAGAGUAUCAAGGAGAGGGUUGGCGAGAGGGUGCGGCUGGUGCUGCAUGGGGCGGAUCCGUUUACCGAGGAGAUUUUCCGCAAGUGCAUCGAGUGUGGGGUGAGCAAGGUGAAUAUCAACAAGGUGUUGAAUAAUGAGUAUAUUCGGGUUCAGAGGGAAAAGGCCGGGAAUGUGCCGCUGACGGGGCUGCUGGAGGAGGUCACCGAUGAGAUGCAAAAGGCUGUCGAGAGGUGUAUGGACAUGUUGGGGAGUUCAGGGAGAUAUCCUGUGUCUGCUUAG